AUGGUGGAGACUCUGUCGGUGGCUGUCCUGGGAGCCCCGAAGGUGGGCAAAACGGCCAUUAUCCGUCAGUUCUUGUACCACGACUUUACAGAGACUUACAGCCCGACGGAGCGCCGCCGUACCUACCGGCCUUCAGUCAUUUUCAACGGGAACAUGUACGACAUGAAGAUUAUGGAUGUUCCUUACCUGACGGCGUUCCCAGCAAACAGCUCUCAGGUGGGCUUUUAUUAAAACCCUCCCACAACUCAACCCAAAUUCAUCCCCCCGAAUAUAUAUGGCUAUGCUUGUGAAUUCUACAAGUGAACAACAGAUCACUUGUGGGAUACAGUGUGGCUGUGCUGAGGCCAGAUUGGUUCGUUUUCUAAUUGGAUUGGGGCCCUCCUGUUAGGUAGGAUGGAAAUAUGGUGUGGGUUGUUCAACUAGGGGAUUCACUCUACGUAUUAUUAUUAUUUACUAAAAUAUUAUAUAUCCCACCCUUCUCCCAAGCUAGGGUUCAAGGUGGCUUACACAUUUUAAAACACCAUUAUAAAAUACUAAGUAAUAAAACCAGACUAGUGAAAAACAAUAAUCAAAGUGCGUCAGAGCACAUUUAGAAUGCAGUUUGCCUUGACAGCAGCCCAGUGAUCUGCACCAUAUGAUUAUUAAUUAAUUACCUGCCCUUCACCCUAAUAACCAAAGCUCAAUAUUGAAAACCAUUUGAAACCACUUGCAGAAAUAAGGCAGACUAUAGAAAGAUACACCUCAAGUACCCAAAGCCAGGGCGAAGAGGUGUGUCUUCAGCAUUCACCAAAAAGUGUCUAAUGAAGGUGCCAGUUGCACCCCUGUGGGGAGGGAGGGAAUUUCACAGUUUAGAGGCCCCCACAGAAUUCCCUCUCCUGGGCCCCCCAUCACAGCUCCAUAGGGCAGUUCAACAACCAAGAGAGCUCCCGCUGCCAGUCUUAGCACCUAAGAGGGUCUGCAGGGAAGAAGGCAGUCUUUCAGGUAGUGAUGACCACCAACCUGGAUGGCUUUAAAAGGGGAUUAGAGAAAUUCAUGGGGGCAUAAGGCAAUUAAUGGCCACCAGCUACCACAACUAUAUUCUACCUCUACCAUUGGGACAGCAUACCCAAGCUUGCUUCGUUUUGUUACUUAACACUGUGGUUUUUCCCCAGGAGUGGCAAACUCAAGCCCACCAGAUGUUGUUAGGCAACACGUUCCUUCAUGUCUGGCCAGGGUUGAUUGGAACUGUAGUCCGCAACACCUGGAUUGCACUAGGUCAGGAAAGGUUUGCUGUAAGCAUUUUCCUAAACUCUCCUGCGAGGCAGCACAGGGCAGGAAUAAAAUGUGCUUGCUUAGCUGGCUGGGUGAGUUGGCAGGCAAGCCUGGAGAACUCCACUCUCCUUGCAAGGCAUUAGGUCUGAUUUAACACCAAGGCCCUGUGCUCUGCUGUAUGUAAGUCAGGUCCAUAUUUAGGACAGUGCAUAUCCAGCAGUUCCACUGGAGUGAAGCGGGAAAUGGCAGGAUGCCAUUGGUCACCAUCUUCUGGAACCCAACUCACAUUGCCUCCGAACAUGGAUAUUCCACUCCAGGGACCCAGGCUAAUGAAGAUUGUUGAUAGACUUGUCCAUUAUGAUUUUUGACUAUCUCACAUUUCACAUUUUCAAACAACAAUGAAUGCCUCUAGUCCUUAUGCAUUUUCUGUGGGAGCUCCUAAGAGGUGGAAUUCCCUCUCCGCUGAAGGUGUCUUGGCACCUGCACAGUACAGUUUUCUCCAUAUGCUGAAAAUGCAUCUCUUUUACCCAGGCCUUUGACACUUGAAGUGCAGGACCCACUUUAUUCUUCUGAUUGCAAUUGGUUUUAUUAUUUUAAUUUGUUGCAACCAGUGGUGUGCUGUCAGUGGACCAGGAGGACUAGGCUAGUCCCUUAAAUGCUCCUGGAAAAUUAGAGUAUUAAAGAAUUAAAGCCUGGUGCCUCCUUCCUAAAGCCCACAGGGGAAAAAGUAAAGGUAAAGGACCCCUGGAUGGUUAAAUCCAGUCAAAGGUGACUAUGGGGUUGCGGCACUCAUCUCUACUUUCAGGCAAAGGGAGCCGGUGUUUGUCCACAGACAGCUUUCUGGGUCAUGUGGCCAGCAUGACCAAACUGCUUCUGGUGCAACGGAACACCGUGACAGAAACCAGAGAGCAUGGAAAUGCCGUUUGCCUUCCCACCACAGUGGUACCUAUUUAUCUACUUGCACUGGUGUGCUUUUGAACUUCUAGAUUGGCAGGAGCUGGGACAGAGCAACAGGAGCUCACUCUGUUGCGGGGAUUCGAACCACCGACCUUCUGAUUGGCAAGCCCAAGAAGCUCAGUGGUUUAGACCACAGCGCCACCCUUCUGCCUGGCUUAGGCAGGGAGGCAUGAUGCUCACAGGCACAACAUCUCCCCAGUCCCCACUGCCCUUGCAAUCUGGCGCCUCUGAUCCUGUUUCCCUGUGAAAAACUUCACUGCAUGCCACUGGUUGUGAUCUAUCCUGAGACCUUAGGGUGUAAAGGGACCCCUGACCAUUAGGGCAGGUAAUAAAUCAAAGUAUGGUAAUUAUAAUAACAGUAGAGAGAUACAUAUGUAGGAAGCAGCCUUAUACCAAGUCAGACCAUUGGUUCAUGUAGCUCAGUGUUGUCUACACUGACUGGCAGCAGCUCUCUAGGGUUUCAGGCAGGGUGCUUUUUCAACCCUGCCUGGAGAUGCCAUCAGGGAUCGAACCUGGCACCUUCUACACUCAAACCAAAUGCUCUGCCUCUGAGUUGCAGCCCUUUCCUGCUUGAAAGUCUGCCAGUUUGGUCUGGUGAAAUCUUGGAACCCAGAUGUGCAGCUGAUGGAGACAGUCAGAGUUGCUUCCAAGUGGGACUUACAAUGCCCACAUUGCAUCUCCCCCAUAGCUAGCAGAAUGAGGCAAAAUUGAGCAGAAAUAGUAACGACGAUUCUGUUCAUGUCUGUGGGAUUUGACUGCUGGUCCAAAAAUAAAGUAAUAGAAAGGGGGGUGGGGGUGGAGUUAACGUGGUUCUUCAAUUUUUGGCACUCUCCUCCAACACUCAAGCUGUUUCCCAAAGCUUCCCCGCUCUGGCUUUUAAGAAUCCUUAAAUAGUAAGCCAAAGGGAAGAGUUUGUGUUUGCUGCUGAUGAAAAUGUAGGCUAACCCCCUCGGCCACACCCACCCUGCAGAUGACCCAUCUUCACUUAGGGGCGAGAUGCGAGUUCUGUUGGAUGGCAGGAAGGCAGAGGGUGGGUGGAAUCGAAAGAAGACAGAAAAAUAAGGGAGAUGAGAACAAAAACUGGAAAGCUUUCUUUAGGGUCAGCCACAUUUAAAGCAUCGCAGAUGAGAUGCAGGCGAAAGAUGGAACUAGUCCUCAUGCCUAUUUUCCCUCUCCCCGUCAGAGGCAAGUUGGCCUAAAGAAAGUGGAUAUUGGGGAAGUCCCCCCCCCCUCUUGUAAUGCUAGAACUGGUGGACAUCCAAUGAAGCUGAAUUUUGAAAGAUGCUAGACAGAUAAAAAAAACUCCUUAGAAUGGUAGAGUUGGAAGGGACCCCAAGAGUCAUCUAGUCCAACCCCUGCCUAGUUAAACUAUGGAACUCACUGCCACAGGAGCAGUGGUGGCCACAUGUCACAAUGGCUUUAAAAGAUGAUAGGCAAGAUGGUUGGAGACAGUGAUGCUUCUGAAUACCAGCUGCUGGAAGCCACAGGAGAGGAGAGUUGCUCUUGGGCUCAGGUCCUGCUUGAAAGUUUUCCAUUUGGGGCAUCUGGCUAAGUACUGUGAGAACAGGAUGCUGGACUAGAUGGGCCAUUGGCCUGAUCCAGCAAGGCUCUUAUUGUGUUCUUAUGAGGCAUGUGCAACACCCUAUUGCAAGCAAGCUUCUUUUGUGACGUGCUCUACAGAUGUUUUGGCCACAGUGUGACAAAGGUCGGUCAUUGGUUCCAGAGGAGCAGGUGGCUGUUUCAGUGAGAGAGAAGGGAGAGGGGUUUUGGAAGUGGGAAUUAAAUUCUAAGUGGACAAAAGGAGGUGGAACUGUAGGGAGAUUGUACCUUCGGAUCAGGCCUGGCAGAAGCAAGGUUCAGGAACCCCUAGAUCAAAGACACAGAGGGGGGCUUCUUGCUGUCCUUUGAAUCCAUUGCUGCCCUUAUGGGGGAAGCCAGACCCUCAUAGGAUGUGAAUGCUCUGCAAAUCCCCUCAUCUAGGUGCAGGUUGUAUAUGUGCAGAGCUCCCCCCCCCCCCCGCCCACCAGCUGGAGCUCAGCUCCAGCUCCUUUCAGGUGGGGAACAAGGGAGAAGUUUGUGGUGAGCUCCAGCACCUCUUUUUCUAGAAAAAUAGCACUUUGUGUGUGCGUGUGUACGCAGGUGGCACUGUGGUCUAAACCACUGAGCCUCUUGGGCCUGGCAAUUAGAAGGUUGGCGGUUCGAAUCCCUGCGACGGAGUGAGCUCCCAUUGCUCUGUCCCAGCUUCUGCCAACCUAGCAGUUCGAAAGCACACCAGUGCAAGUAGAUAAAUAGGUACCACUGCGGCAGGAAGGUAAAUGGCAUUUCCGUUCGCUCUUGCACUUGUCACAGUCCUCUGUGCACCAGAAGCGGUUUAGUCAUGCUGGCCACAUGAUCCGGAAAGCUGUCUGUGGACAAACGCCAGCUCCCUUGGCCUGAAAGCGAGAUGAGCGUUACAACCCCAUAGUUGCCUUUGACUGUCCAGGGGUCCACCCCCCCUUUUUUACCUUCAUGUAUAUGUAUGCACAUAUAAAACCAUAUAUCUUAAAGACACCACAGCCUUUGUUGUGCCUCAUUGUCCCAAAAGGGAAGACAGACCCUGUUAAGUGUGUCUGCAGCCCCUGGGAUUUCACACUGCUCAUGGAGAUGGGUGUGGUGUGUAACACUAUGAUACUGAUCUAAUGCAGGCAUGGGGGCUUUAGGUGCAGAGGCCAAAUGCGGACCUUCAGACCUCUGCAUCGGGACCUUGGGACUCUUACCAGGCCACACCUGCUCUCUCCAGGCCACGCCCCUUCACCAGCCCUGCUUUGCACCCUCCUUGAGAGUUUCUGCAAGGCUGGAAUGUGCCCUUGAGUUCUAAUGAUGCCUUUUGCUUGCCUAGAUGGAGGGCAGAGAGGCGGGUGGGCGAGUGUUCGUAGAAACUAGCCUUCUGUAUGAAGGUAAAAUUCACCCCCGUUGCUCUGCCCACCCACUGGGUGGCCGCUGGAAAGUUUCCUGGAGGGGACUGAUCACCCACCCACACACCCAGGUCUGAAAAAUAUAUAGUCCUGAACAAGAGCCUGUGUGAUGUUGAACUAGGACCUGGGAGAUUGGGGUUCAAAUCUCCACUUAGCCAUAAAGCUCACUGGGUGACCUUGGGCCAAUCACUGCCUUUCAGUCAAACCUACCUCACAGGCUUGUUGUGGGGAUUAAAGGAGGCGGAUGACCAUGUAUAGCACCUUGAGCUCCUUGGAGGAAAAGGUGGGAUGUAGAUGAAAUAAAGAAAUAAAAUAAACCCUUCUUCCAAAAGCAGGGGCUCCACGUUCCCUGACAUCCGUUCUGACAGUUUGCAUUUCUUAGUGCAGAAAGCACUGAUCUGACGUGAUCUUUCCUAUUCUAAUUAGUUCAAGAGGGUUCUGGAGGCUUCUUUGUGUGAAAGAAGCAAACAGAAGGUUCAUGACGUUUGGGUUAUACCUUCAGAGAAGCUGAGUACAGCUGGCUGAAACUGGUUCUCUCAUCCUUUCUGUCAAAGUCACACUGACUAUAAAAGUAGGGCCAGAAGGAGCCUAGGUUUCUCUUUCUUUCUAUCUCUUUUCCUUCUGGUGUGGUGGUCUGUACGUAGUAUGCUUAGUGUUAAGGUUUAGACUUAUUAUAAGUUAUUGUAAGUUUAAGUUAAGUCUGCUGCAACUGGAUUUCUUAUGGAGAGUGCCAAUCCUAAAACCCAGCCAGAUGGGUGGGGUACAAAUAUAAUAAUAAAUAAUAAUAAUUGUGACCAUUAUGCUCAUUUCCAUCAUUAGCAUUAAAGCGCUGCUGGAUGAAAUACAAUUCCCUCUGGGCUAUUUUUUGGGAAUCCUGCAACAUGUUUAACUUUUUACUCUGCUAACUACACAUUGGAAUCUGCUCUGGAUCACUACUGAGUAGAAUUCCACGACACAUUCAUCUGAGGAUUGCAGGGCAGGGACGCUUCAGGAGAUGAUCUCCUUGACUGGAAAUAAAUGUUUAGGUUCCAGAAAUGAGUGGCAGCCUCAGGAAAAGAUGACAUGAUUGUGAUCGGCCCCCAGCGCUCCUGCUCCCCAGUUUCAUGGUGUUUCAUUAUUACUAUCUGGGUUAAAAAUAAACGCUUUCGUUUUCAUCCCAUCCUCUGAGCUUCAGCGAGCCGCUAAUUGCAUUUCACAGUUGACUUCAGUUGAUGUGGAGGCUCUGCCUGUGUUUUCCAGGAGGUGAGACCAAAGGGAGAUCUAAAGAUGGAGAUGGACUUAAGUUGGGGGGAGGCAGUGUGCUGCUGCUGCAAGAUACUGCCCCGCCCACUUUUGCUUCUGGCUCCGCCUACCACUGACACAUGCAGGUGGAAAUGGGGAGGGUGGUGGCCCCCUGGCUGCAGAACACUCUCCCCAGAGAAAUGUGCCUGCCUGGCAUUGCCAUCAUCAAAUUUUAGGCACUGGGCAGUUGGUUCUUAAUUGGGAUGAUACAAUGCAAUAACACCGUAGCCUGUUGUUGAAACAAAAUUUAAAAAAUUCUUCCAGUAGCACCUUAGGAACGCGGGUGGCGCUGUGGGUUAAAACCACAGAGCCUAGGGCUUGCCGAUCAGAAGGUCGGCGGUUUGAAUCCCCGUGACGGGGUGAGAUCCCGUUGCUCAGUCCCUGCUCCUGCCAACCUAGCAGUUCGAAAGCACGUCAAAGUGCAAGUAGAUAAUAGGUACCACUCCGGUGGGAAGUUAAACGCCGUUUCCGUGCACUGCUCUGGUUCUCCAGAAGCGACUUAGUCAUGCUAGCCACAUGCUGUACGCCGGCUCCCUCAGCCAAUAAAGCGAGAUGAGCGCUGCAACUCCAGAGUCGUCCGCAACUGGACCUAACAGUCAGGGGUCCCUGUACCUUUAAGGUGCUACUGGAAGGAAUUUUUAAAUUUUGUUUCGACUACGGCAGACCAACACGGCUACCUACCUGUAGCCUGUUGUGUUCAUCUUUAGCAGGGUGGGGCAGUAUUUGUCCUUUUCUAUCAUAUUGCAGGAUGAGCACUUAACGUAAAUAAUGUGGUUUUAUUCUUUCGAUGUUGUUUGAAACUUUCCCAGUAUGCUUUCAGGAUCGUAAGUUGCUUUAAGACAUUUUAUGUCUAGACCCAAUGGCUGGGAAGUUGCCUGCUCUUGAUGGGGUUACAUUUCCUCUGAAGAAACAGGCUUGUAGCUUGGGGCUACUCCUAGAUCCUUUGCUAUCGCUUGAGGCUCAGGUGGCCUCAGUGUCCUGAAGUGCCUUCCAUCAGCUUUGGCUACUGGCCCCACUACGCCCCUAUCUGGACAGGGAUAGCCUAAUCACUGUUGCCUAUGCUCUGGUAACUUCAAGGUUAGAUUACUAAAAUGCAUUAUAUGUAUGGCUGCCUCUGAAGAUGGUUUGGAAACUUCAGCUAGUGCAGAAUUCAGCAGCCAGGUUGCUCAACAGAGCAAGACAAUUUGAGCAUAUUACACCGAUCCUUGUCUGACUGCACUGGCUACCAACUAAGUUCUGGGCCCAAUUCAAAGUGCUGGUUUUGACCUAUAGAGCCUUAAAUGGCUCAGGACCAAUUAUCUCAAGGACCGCCUCUUUCCAUAUGAACCAACCUGGACCCUGAGAUCAUCUUCUGAGGUCCUCCUUCAUGUGCCUCCUUCUUGAGAGGUCUAGAGGGUGGCAGCAUGAGAACGGGGCCUUCUCUGCAGUGGCUCCCCGUCUGUGGAAUGCUCUCCCCAGGGAAGUUCGCCUGGCGCCUUCAUUAUAUUUAGGCGCCAGGCAAAAAUGUUCCUUUUUAAGCAGGCCUUUGGUUGAUCUGUUUGACACCCUAUACCCUUUUAAAAUGCAGCUCUUUGGGGGUUGGUGUUAUUGGGUUGUUGUUUUUAUUUUGAUUAUGUAUAUACAUACAUAUUGUAGUUUUAUGUUGAUCUUUUCUGUGAACCGCCCUGAGACCUCUGGGUAUAGGGCGGUAUAUAAAUUCAAUUAAUAACAACAACAACAAAAUUUAUGAACUUGCUCCAUAGAAGACAAAAUAAAGUGGGGCAAGUAAUGAAUAAAUGUAAUUAAUAGUGGUAGUAAUAUAAGUAGUUAUUAUAGUUAUUUUUGUUAUCAUUAACUUUGAGAAGGUUGGCAUCAGGAUGAAAAUGGUUCCCUACCUGUUCUAUAUCUGGAUACAAAUUUGACAGGGAUGUACCUCGGUGACAGAGCUUCUUCUUUGCAGGCAAGUUCAAUCCCCACAUCUCCAAAUAGGGCUGGGAAAAGGUCCUUGCCUGAAACCCUGGAGAGCUACUGCCAGUCAGUGUUGACAGUACUGAGCUGGAUGGACCCAUGGGCCUGGCUCCGCACAAUGCAGCUGAGUGACAAUGUCCCUUUUUCGUUGCACCAGCUUUCCCCAUGUUUUCCUCUCGCCCACCAGGAGUGGUCAGACCUGAAAUCCCGAGGGCUGAGGAACACUGAUGCCUACGUGCUGGUGUAUGAUAUCUGCAGCCCAGAAAGCUUCGAGUAUGUGAAAAUGAUCCGUCAGCAGAUCCAGGAGAACAGGUGAGCAGAAGGGAUGGGAGAGGAGGGGGUGGAUUGGGUGGGGGAGACAGAAUCAGGAAAACUGCUUUUCCCUCCAGAGUGAGGCUGCAGUCCUCAACCCACCUCUCAUAUGGAUCAGUCUCGGGGAAUUCAGUGGGAUUUACUUCUGAGUAAACACACCACCACCCAUCUGGUGGCGCAACAUGACUACUCAGAAGUCCUACUAUUGAACUCAACGUGGGUUUUAUUCACAGGUAAAUGGGGUUAGGAUUGCAGCCUUAAAGAAGCCCAGUCCCACUUUCAAAUAUCCAAUGAAACACAGCUAUUUGCAUGGGGAGAAAUAAGCCCCAGCUAACAUGGCCAUUUUGAACCACAACUCCCAUCAUCCCUAGGCAGAAUGGCCACUUUGGACUACAAUUCCCAUCAUCCCUAGGCAGAAAGGCCACUAUGGACUACAAUUCCCAUCAUCCCUAGGCAGCAUGGCCACUUUGGACUACAAUUCUCAUCAUCCCUAGACAGAAGGGCCACUUUGGACUACAAUUCCCAUCAUCCCUAGGCAGCAUGGCCACUAUGGACUACAAUUCCCAUCAUCCCUAGGCAGCAUGGCCACUUUGGACUACAAUUCCCAUCAUCCCUAGGCAGAAUGGCCACUUUGGACUACAAUUCCCAUCAUCCCUAGGCAGAAUGGCCACUUUGGACUACAAUUCCCAUCAUCUCUAGGCAGAAGGGCCACUUUGGACUACAAUUCCCAUCAUCCCUAGCCAGCAUGGCUACUUUAGACUACCAUUCCCAACAGCCCCAGCCAGCAGGGCCAUUUUGUACUACCACUUGGCAGGGGCUGAUGGGAGUUAAGGUCCAAAAUUUCUGGAGGGCCCCAGGCUGGGGAGAGCCUGUAGGUUCGGGGUCUGUGCAUCACUCUGACCUUCUUUCUCUACUCUAUGAACUUGGAGUUCCUCUUCCUCUCCUAGGGCGAGCAGCAGUGGCGAAGCCCCCAUCAUUGUGGUGGGGAACAAGCGGGACCUGCAGCGCCAGCGCUUCUCCCCCCGCCGGGCCCUCUCGCUGCUGGUCAAGAAGAGCUGGAAGUGCGGCUACAUGGAGUGCUCGGCCAAGUUCAACUGGCACAUCGUCCUCCUCUUCAAGGAGCUCCUCUGCAGCGUCUUGGCCCGAGGCUGCAGGAACAACCACUCUGCCAUGCGCCUCCAGGGGGCGCUGCACAGGAACAGGUGCAGCCUGAUGUGA